AUGUCGGCAGACCCGAUCACCUACAAUGGUACUAUCAGUACCGGAGGAAACUCACUCACUGAGGACCUCAACAUCUACUACGAUGCUGGUGAUUUCGCAUGGGUUAUCACCUCAUCAGCGCUGGUUUUGCUCAUGAUUCCCGGUGUAGGAUUCUUCUACUCGGGUCUCGCACGACGCAAGUCAGCUCUCUCCCUUAUCUGGCUGUCGGUUAUGUCAGUCGGUGUGGUAUCAUUCCAGUGGUUCUUCUGGGGCUAUUCGCUCGCCUUCUCUCACACAGCCGGAAAGUUCAUUGGUGAUUUGGAAAACAUUGGUUUCAGAAAUGUCCUGGCUGCACCAUCUGUGGGAAGUGACAAAGUUCCCGACAUCUUGUUUGCCAUUUUCCAAGGCAUGUUCGCUGCCAUUACUGUUGCCCUUGCCGCUGGUGCCGUUGCUGAGCGCGGUCGCAUGCUUCCCUGCACCAUUUUCAUGUUUGUUUGGUCUACUAUCAUUUACGAUCCCAUUGCCUGCUGGACAUGGAACUCGUCGGGCUGGGUUUACAAGAUGGGUGGUCUCGACUUUGCUGGUGGUACCCCCGUGCAUAUUUCUUCCGGCUGUGCUGCUCUCGCUUAUUCCCUGAUGCUGGGCAAGCGUCGAGGCCACGGUACCCACGAGCUCAACUACCGCCCUCACAACGUCACUCACGUUGUUAUCGGAACUGUUUUCCUAUGGGUUGGAUGGUUCGGUUUCAAUGCUGGCUCCGCGCUUGCUGCUAACCUGCGUGCUGUUAUGGCCGCCGUUGUGACUAACCUCGCUGCUUCUGUCGGUGGUGUGACCUGGUGUCUGCUGGACUACCGUCUUGAGCGCAAGUGGUCUACCGUUGGUUUCUGCUCUGGUGUUAUUGCUGGUCUGGUCGCUAUUACCCCCGGUUCAGGCUUCGUUACGCCAUGGGCCGCUUUCGUCUUUGGUGUUGUUGGUGCCGUUGCCUGCAACUAUGCGACCAAGUUGAAGUUCCUGCUGCGCGUUGAUGAUGCUCUGGAUAUCUUUGCUGUCCACGCUGUCGGUGGUCUGGUCGGUAACCUGCUUACUGGUCUUUUCGCCGCUGACUACAUUGCGCAUCUUGAUGGCACCACUGUCAUUCCUGGUGGUUGGAUCAACAAAAACUACAUCCAGCUGGGAUACCAGCUCGCUGACUCCAUGUCUGGUGCUGCCUACUCAUUCUUCGGAACCUGUAUCAUUCUCUUUGUCAUGAACCUCAUUCCGGGUCUUAGCCUUCGUGCUCCCGAGGAGGACGAGAUUAUGGGCAUUGACGACGCCGAGAUUGGCGAGUUUGCCUAUGACUACGUUGAGGUCACUCGUGAUAUCGUCAAUGGUGUCGAGAGUAGCGAGACUGGCUCCAAGCGCACGAUGACGCCCACCGGCGAGACCGCCACUACCAUCGACACCAAGGCCUAA